AUGCAGCUUCCCGAUCGAAGAAAACUGUUUCAACAACGCCGUCAUCGUAGAGAAGAAAUUGAAGCUCAGCUGCGUAGAACACAGAUUGAAAGUACUAGUUCUGAAGAUGAAGAGUCAUUUGAAGAUGUAUCAGAUGAUGAAGUGGUAAAUGAAAAUGAAUCAGAAGAAGAAGUAGCAAAUGAAGGUGAAUCAGAAGAAGAAGUAGCAAAUGAAGGUGAAUCAGAAGAAGAAGUAGCAAAUGAAGGGGAAUCAGAAGAAGAAGUAGCAAAUGAAGGCGAAUCAGAAGAAGAAGUGUUAAAUGAAAAUGAAUCAGAAGAAGAAGUGGUAAAUGAAGAUGAAUCAGAAGAAGAAAUAGUAAACGAAGAGGUAUCCGAAGAAGAAGGCUUAAAUGAAGAUGAAUCAGAAGAAGAAGUAGCAAAUGAAGAUGAAUCAGAAGGAGAAGUAGCAAAUGAUGAUGAAUCAGAAGAAGAAAUGGUAAGUGAAGAUGAAUCAGAAAAAGAAGAAGAAGACGUAGAUGAUGAAGAAGAGUACAAUACAAGUUUCAGUGAAAAAAGCUUAGCAAAUAGCAGCAACGGUCAUAAUAGUUCUAGUAAUCUUUCAAACACAACAAAAGUUAAACUUGACGAUAGUCAAUUAUCUGUUGUCCAUGAUGAAUCUUUCAAUGAGACAUUACAGGAUAAUACUAAACUUGCUAAAAAUAAUAGUGAACUAAUGAACAAAAAUAAUUCCGAUGAUGAUGAUGAUGAUGCUUUGCACGACUCUAAUUUUAAUAUGAAUGAUCGACAAAAUCGAGUUGUUGAAUGGAUGGUUGCCAGAGAAAGUCAAAAACCAUAUGGUGGAAUAAUUGCAACUGAUAUGGGUACCACCGAUUGUAAAAUUACCAUAUUAAUGAAUUUGUUAACGAAGUCCAAACCUUCUAAUUCAGUUAACACACAAUCAGAAGGAGAAACUGAUUUGGAUGAAACAAUUGUCACCUCAAAAGGAUGUACAUUGAUUUUGUGUCCAAAAUCAAGUAUAGAUCAUUGGUUUGAUCGUAUGAACGAAAAAAAAAAUCUGGGUUCAUUAAACGUGUGGCUACAUUAUGGAAGAAAUCGAGAUAUAUCACUGCAGGAUUUAACUCAAAAAGAUGUCGUUAUCACAACAGUUACCCUGAUUCUUUCAGGUUUCCGCAACAAAGUAAAUAAUCCAUUAUACCAAAUAAAAUGGCAUCGAAUAAUAUUGGAUGAUAAUAAGCUUUAUAAUUAUAAGCAGCAAACUUCCAAGGCUUUAUGUCAAUUAUCAGGCAUUUGUCAUUGGGUUUUUUGUGGACCUACAAUUAUUGACAAUGAUGAUGAUGAAGCUGUCUAUAGUUUAAUUAAAUUUAUAAAUUAUACACCAUUAAAUAUAUUUGAAAAUUGGAAAAAGUGGAUAAAAGUAAAUCAAGGUGUAUCAAUAUAUGAAAAGUUGGGACAUUUAUAUUAUAAAAAGAAAAUUGUUUGA